CUUCUGUGCACCACACUCCUGCUUUUUCUUUCAUCUUCUUCUUUUUCUUCUGUAACUUCCCGGGUCGGGUCACUUAUGCUCCAUUUCCUUUUCGACCAGACCCGGAUUUUUCCUCCAUGUUAAUGUAUUUCAAGAAUCGGGUCGUUUCAUUUUCUGGAGGUAACCAUUUCUUUGCCAGACAGAACCUUCACCCUCUACCUGUUCAAGUUCAAAACUUGUCUCAAACCCUAGAAAUGGUGAAUGAAUCGGGUCAUUCAAAGAGACCCAUGUGCCCAUCAUGCUCUAAACCCACCCGUUUGUGUCUCUGCACUCGAUUGAAGACCCCAUGUCUUGAAAACUCUGUGGCUGUCACAAUUCUUCAACACAGUCUAGAGAAAAAUCACCCUUUAAAUUCCACUAGAAUUGCUUCUAUUGGCCUGCAAAAUCUGAGUGUGAUUUCAGUUUCUGAUGUUAAUUAUGAAGCUGAAUUCGUCAUUCGUUUGCUCAACUCAAAUCUUGAAAUGGGUUCUCGAAAUUUGGAUGACAAUAGUAGGAGAAACCAUAAAGACUCAAAUUUUGAUAGUAAUGCUGCUGUUUCUUUCACUAUAGAGAAGUAUGGUGCAAUUAGUACCUCUCAGAAUCAACAUUUGAAUAAGCCGUGGGAACAGUCUCUUGCAGUAAUGCAGGGUAAGACUCUGCAUAGCGGGAGCUUAAGUGCACCAAGCUGCGCUUCAACAGCCUCUAGAGAAGCUAGUGAUGAUAUACGAAAAGGGUUUUUGGUAAAAAAGUUGCAGAGGAAGUUAUUGGAUGGGGGCUGUGAAUUUCAAGAAUCAAAGGAGUUUGAAAUUUCAGUUCCUUCAGGAUCAGUGCUGUUAUUUCCAAGUGAAAAUUCGAUAGGCACUGAGGAGAUCGAUUUUGAAGUGAAAAAUCUGAUUGUACUUGAUGGGACAUGGGCAAAAGCAAAAAGAAUGUAUAAUGAGAAUCCUUGGUUGAAGAUGUUGCCACAUUUGAGGUUGGAUGUAGAGAAGCUAAGUUUGUAUAGCGAAGUGAGGCGUCAACCUAGAGCUGGAUAUUUGUCCACCAUUGAGAGUAUUGUAUAUGCUUUGAAAGCUGUUGGAGAAAAAGAUUGCGAAGGAUUGGAUCAUUUGUUGGAUGUGUUCGAGUCUAUGGUUGUAGAUCAGAGGAGAUGCAAAGAUGAGGGAUUGAGGCAAAGAUUCUCCAAUUGCGACUAAAUUUAAAUGAGUGUUCUUUAAGUUCAUUUAGCUUUGUUUGGAUCACUAGAUGUGAAUGAGAUUAUUCAAGCAUCUUUUUAGAUGAAUAUGCUACUACUUUUUGUACUCAGAUUACUUCUUCAUUGAGUUGAGGGAGUAUCGGAAACAACCUCUGAGGUAGGGUAUAGUUUGUGUACGCUCUACCCUCCUUAUACCCCACUUUGUAGGACUACAUGUCUGAAGUAGCUUGUGCGUAGCAGGAUUAGCUUCACGGGUACUUGCUACUUAGUUCUUGGUAAAUCUGAGUUGUAUUUCGUAUCAGUUUAUUCUGUGAAUCUUGUUGCUUUUGAAGGA